GCUAACGCUCCCUGCGUCAGCACGUCAACGUAGCAGGCCAAUGACGAAAGCGGGUAGUGAGGUGGUACUCCCCGAAACAUGGCUCUUGUCUUGAGCUAACAGGCUGAAUACAACCGGGGAUGGGAGUCGUUUCACACUCUAAAACGGUGUUUUGUUUACCCGGAGCUCGUCCAUUUGGACGUUAGUAUUCACCGAGGUCACGAGGCGCUGUUUUAUAUUAAAAGAAGAUGGCGGAGUUCUCUCCGGUGUUACCGAUGCGGGAUGGAGGAGGAGGAGGAGGGCGAAUCGGGCAGCCUAUCUUCCCUCGGUCGAGGUCCGGUUCCGAGUCAGAGAGCGAACUGUCUCAGAGCUUGGCUCGGACUAAAAUACGUUCUUAUGGAAGCACAGCUAGCGUCACGGCAUCUCUGGGGGAGAAAUACAUAGAGCAUCGGGUUACAGACAGCGAUACCCUGCAGGGGAUUGCCCUUAAAUAUGGUGUAACGAUGGAGCAAAUCAAGAGAGCCAACAAACUGUUCAGCAACGACUGCAUCUUUCUCAAGAGCAGCCUCAACAUCCCCGUGGUGACGCAGAAGCGCUCCAUUUUUAACGGACUGUCUCUAGAGUCUCCUGACGGGGACGGCGAGGUGGUGUGCCAGGAGACGGAAGCACCUUGUGUUGUGUUGCAGCAGGAUGUUGAGGGACCUUCCCCGGCGCCUUCACCGCCGCCUGAAGACUCCAAAGCCCCCCGGCCUCAAGCAGAGGAGCUCUCAGCCAAAGACUUCUUACACAGACUGGACUUGCAAAUCAAACAGUCAAAGCAGGCAGCACGCAGGCUGAAAGAAGAGGAAGUAAGGAGCGGUGAGGGGAACUACACGGCGCCCACCACGUCAUACCAGGAAAUAUAAAGAAACAUCUUGCCUGUUUACCUUCUUGCUUGUGGAGCAAAUGUGUUAUGUUUGCCUUUUAUUUAUGAUCAAUAUGCAAAUGUGUAUAAUUGUUUUUGUACAGUUGUAGUGGGAACCCGACAGCAUAAUGGCGCUUAUGAUAUGCCAUUCUUCUAUUUAUACACCGCUGUAUAAACCGUCCACAGCUGCUCACACACUCAUCAGUAUUUAACCACUGCAACACAUCGAGUGGAUGGGCUACUUCCUUUUAACUGGUUCCGUUUGCCUCUUAUAAGCAUUUUUUUCUUUGAGAACAGAAGGGAUGUCUCUUUUUUUUUUUGAAGUGUGAAAGCAUUAUUUAUGUGUGUCUUUAGGAGAUGGUUUUUAUUGUGCUUCUUAAUUGUUUUUAUUUGGGCAGAAUAAAUAUCUAAACCUGC